GCCCCAGACUUCUGCCGUUUCAAGCAGCACUACUGUCUGUGCUGGGGCCUGCUGGUGAGCUGUUGUCGGGGCUGGGGAGUCUUCUGAGGCGCUAUGCUGUCCCCAUGGCCAGGGUCGACGGAGAGAGGCUGGUACAGCUGGCACAGGGCGGGGAUCUGGACUGGGCCGUAGGAGGAGGAGGCAGUAGCUCGGUGGAGCGUCUCCUCUCGGUGAUAGAGAACAGAGAGGAGGUUUGGGACCUGGUGCACCGACCAGGGCAGCGCUACCGGGGGGAGGGAGGCACGGAGGCUGCCGCGAUACGGAUCCAGAGCUGCUGGAGGCGCCACUGGGCCCGCAACGCCUACCUGCGCCACCGCCAGAGGAGGUGGGCGGCAGGGACCAUCGCCAUCUCCUGGCUGAUGCACGCUCAACUGGGCCGUGUCAGGAAGAGCCUGCAGGAGAGCAAGAGGACACACCUGGAUAACUACCGCAUCAGGGGCCAGUAUCUGUCAGCCAACUGGAAACACAUCCAGGCUUCCAGAAGGACCAUCAUACACGUCCCAUCAUUAGGUUACUCCCAGCUGCAGCGUUUCAGCCUGAAGGGUUUUGACGUCCUGCAGAACAUCCAGAUGGGACGACUGUGUGAUGUCAGAGAUGAGAACGUGGAGGUGAUCUAUGUGUCUCCUGUGCGUCUGGGAGACGACCUGUCCCAGUAUUACACCAGACUGCUGGGUUUGCAACAGAGAGGCCAGGGAGGACUCCAGGAGGCCACGGUAGACCCAGGGGACGGAUGGGGAGGAGGGGCCAGGACAACCCAGGCCUCCUGCACCAAACGCUUCACCAUCCUCACGCCUGACGCUCUGGAAGACUUUCCAACCCACAACAUGUGUCUGUCCACGCUGUUGAAGUACAGCCCUCGAACCCUGCGACGGAUCCGUAACCUGAUCCAGGGUCAGCAGGCCUACAUGGUGGGUGGUGUGGCCCACUUAGAUGACCUGGCGGUGGCUGAUGAGCUGGGGGUACCCCUCCUGGGGCCAGAACCUGCUGUGGCCCGGCUCUACAGCACCAAGUCUGGAGGCAGGAGGAUAUUUACUGGCGCAGGGGUCACCGUGCCCCCAGGACAGUGGGACAUAUACUCCUUACAACAGGUAUUCUUCUUCUCUCUAUCAAUUCAACAUUGUGACUGA